AUGAAUAAUCAUAAUUAAUAAUUGGAGAUUAUUGUUAUUGGCACUAUCUACAUUUCCUUCGAACCAUUAGUAUAAGUAGAAUGCAUGUUGAUCAAAGCUGGAAAAGUAUCAAGGCUCGGAUAAACAGCUGAAAUUCUAAAUUAAGUAUAAUUGCAAAAUGAACUCCUAUAAGAACAUCUCAAAAAACCAGGUUAUUGGGAAUUGCAAAUAGAUUAAACGAAGUAAAUAGAAAGACUAAUAUUAGAAUCAUCAAAUUAAACGAAUUGCAAAUGGCUAUGCCUGGAAUGAUUGAUAGUCAUGUGCAUCCCUAAAGUGGAGGGAUUUAAUUAAGCAGACUCACAAUCUAAAAGUAUUGUAGUUGGGAAGAUGCUAAGAAUGCAAUAAGGAAUAGCAUAGAGAAAGGGGAACAUGAUAAAUAUGAGUGGGUGUUUGCAUAUGGAUAUUGUAAUGAAAUAAUUAAAUAUGUGAAAAGCAUAAGGAUGGUUUAAAGAGAAUAAAUAGAAUAUAUAAGAACUAGAUGAUGUAUGUCCUGAGAAGCCAUUAAUAAUAAUGAGAGAUGACUGUCAUGCUUAUUGGUGCAACUCUAAAAUAUUUGAAGUCACACAAACUCACUAAGAGGAUGGCAUCUACAUAGAAGAGCAAAUGAAUGCUGUGAGAAAAUACAUUCCAAAGUUAAGCGAGAUUGAACAACAGAAUUGUUUAUUGAAAGGAUUACAACAUUUGGUGAAUUAUGGAAUUGUUGCAUUUCAGGAUGCUGCAGUCAAAGAAAAAUUGUUUCAUAAUUACAAGAAGUUGUAUUAAAAUUAAACUUAUGGAAAUCAAUUACCAUAUUGUUGCAUGAGUCUAUGUUGGAAUGACCUGUUUUUGGAAUAGACAUAAAGUAAUUAUUUUCAGUUAUGUAGAUGUUGAUGAGGAAGUGAGAUUUGAGACUGUCGAAAAUUAAAUUAAAGAAAUAAGAGACUUGAAUUUAGAAAAAUUAUAUUGUCAUAGUGUCAAAAUAUUUGUUGAUGGUGUUGUGGAAUCAAAGACAGCUUUAAUGAAUGUUAAAUAUUGUCAGUGUUCACACAAUGGAUAACUCAUGAUUUAGAAUGUCCCUUAGAUUAUUGAAGGACUGAAUGACAGAGGAAUCCAGGCACAUAUUCAUAGUAUUGGAGAUAGAGCAACAGAUAUUGUGGUUGAAGCAUUCGAGAGAAUCUCACAUAAGUUGAACAAGAAUGUCAUCAACUAUUUAGCUCAUCUUGAAUUUGUUUCACCAAAAGCUAUAGAAUUAUUCAAAAAGCUUAAUUUGGGUGCAAAUUUCUCUGCCUUGUGGUUCUAUGAGAGUCCAUCACUUUCAUUAAUGCCCACUUGUUUACCUUAACAUUACAUGGAAGGAAUGUAUCCUAUAAGGGAUCUGGAAUAGUGUAUCAUUGGUUUAGGUAGUGAUUGGCCUGUCAGUUCAGCCAAUCCUUUUUACGCCAUUGAAGUGGCAGUAACUAGGUAGCCUUUAGGACACAAUUAAAAUCCGAUUCCAAUCGGAGAUUUGAAGCAAAGAAUCACUAUUCAACAAGCUUUGCAUUACUAUACUGAAGGAUCAGCUAAGUUAAUCUAGAAGCCAGGGUUUGGAUUGUUGACAGAGGGAGGCCAUGCUAACUUUAUUAUUAUUUCCUAAAAUGUCUUGAAGGUUAACCCAUCAGAGAUACAUCAAACCUAAGUUCUGUCUACAUUUAUCGACGGCGUGGAAGUGUAUUAAUCAUAAAAAUUGGAGUAAAUAUGAACAGG